AUGGCCGAUAAUACAAGCAGUUCAAUAAAACAGAUUAUAGAGUAUAUGUUAUCUUUUUCGGAAGACCAACGUACGCCUAUUAGUGUAAACUCAACGUGUCAAUACACCCGUUGUACAAUUUCAACAUAUAAUACCGAUGAUUAUAAUAUUACAUGCCGUGUUACAGCAGCAGCAGUAGAAGCAUCAUUAUCAUCAUUAUCCAAUCAAAUUGAUUCUCAAUCUGAUUAUGCUGAAUUAGUUUCAAAAUAUAUGCGGUUAUAUAUUUAUCCAGUAUUUAUACUAUCGGGUAUAUUCGGUAAUGCACUAUCAUUUUUUAUUAUGCUUAUUAAUUGUCGGCAUUCUCGUUAUCCAGCAAGUUUGUAUUUAACAUUGCUGGCAUUUGUUGAUUGUUUAUAUUUAACAAUUAGUCCACUCCUUGAGUGGAUAACAAAAGUGAACAAAUAUUACGAUGUCAAAAUUUCAUCAGAUUUAGCAUGUCGUUUGGUUUAUUUAUUUGGAAAUUUCACAACACAUCUAUCCGCUGGUUUGGUUGUUAGUGUCACUGUUGAAAGAUUUAUUGCUGUACAAUAUCCAUUGCUUGCACAUAAAAUUAAUCAUGCGACAAAUACACGAGUGGCAUUGGCUAUAUUAGUGAUGUUUUUCUUGAUCGUUGAUUGUCCAAUAGUACUGAUUGUUGAACUCAUUAAAAAUGAAUAUACGUAUGCAUUAAAGACAUGCAAUAAUCAAUCAAACGUUUCACAUGAAAGGGAAGAUAGAGUUCUAUGUGGAUUAACAGGAAAAAAUUAUGAAAAGAUAUGGGUUUAUGUUGACUUUGUUAUUUAUAAUAUUGCACCAUUUUUUAUAAUUAUAACAUUGAACUCUUCAAUUAUUCGUCGUUUAAUUGAGGCACAUCAUUUUCGACGACGUAUGUUUCGAUUCAGUAAUACCUCAUCACGAUCAAGUCAACAAGAUGGUAAACAUCGGCAUUUUUCUGAAAGUUAUGCAACAGUAGAAAUGAUAGAACAUCAACAUCGCCAUUUAAGAUGUUAUCGAUCGAUCCCAAAGACAAAACCAUUAACUGCUACGUUACAUACGCAUUCGAGUCACUCAGAAAAACGUUGUUUACGUUAUAAUACAAAAAUAUCAAGCACAUCAACUGAGGUAUCAACAAUAUCAACCGAAAUAAAAAAUCGUUCACGUUAUCAAUAUGAAGUUGUACCAACAUGUAAUAGAACAACAAGCGCUUCAUAUUUAACUCAUACAAGAUUGACAAUAUUGCUAUUAUUUGUUUCAUUUUCAUUUUUGGUUUUAACAUUACCGGCUGUUGUGGUUAAUUUAGUUAUGUCAAUGAAAUUAAAUGCAAAAUCAUCAACAAUCAAUAAUUAUGAUACAUAUUCAAUCGUACGUGAUGGCACUUCUGUAGAUACAAAUAUUUAUUAUACAUUUGCACGUUUAUCAAUGAUUAUAAAUCAUUCAAUAAACUUUGUACUAUAUUUUGUUCUUGGCAAACGUUUCCGUCAUGAUUUAAAGCAAUUAUUGGUUGGUUAUUGGAGAAAAUUAUAUCGAUAA